AUGGCACCCACCCACUGUCCUGAAGAAUAUGAUCCGAACAGGUGUGGCCUUGUUAUGCUUGCAGAUUUGUUGGUACCCCCUUCGCUUUGGCACACAGCGGUACUCAUUCACCACCUCACAGAAGAAAAUGAUCCGAACUGGUGUGGUCUUAUUGCGCCUCCUAGGUUCUAUCCAUGCGCCCCCUCAUCUGCCUAUGCAUUCCCCAUGCAAUGGCACCAACCCACCGUCCUGAAGAAUAUGAUCCGAACGGGUGUGGCCUUGUUACGCCCCCUAGAUCUGUCUGCCCGCCCCUCUAUGCAUCCCGCCAUCCGGAAGAAUAUGAUCCGAACAGGUGCGGCCUUGUUAUGCCUGCCAGAUCUGCCGCCAAUUGAAUGUACAUAUUCUUCACCCAUCCGCUCUUCCUCGUUCAUGCCAACGCCGUCUGCCAUUCAUACCUUUGCCACCACAACGUUCUUGCCACCGUCGACCACUCAUGACAGUGCCUUGGCUUCUCGGUUUAUCAACAACAACAAACGGCGUGCCCCUCCUGAAUCAUCGACUCAGACUUCUCGCGAAACUGCUCGUCAUCAGGUUGGUAUGUCAAGGCCACCUCCUAGCACCCCAACCCCAAAGCCCGGUAUGUUUUACAUGAGUGUUGUUGUGACUACUGCUCCUUACUUACACCCACAGCCCGAUCUCGAUGGUGCCCAUGACAGAGAUCGUUCAACUAAGAUCCCUGCUGAUUCACAUCGGCAAACUGAGCGUGUAGUUUCACCUCAACCCGACGAUUACGCCACGCCAUGGAUUCGGGCGAGCAGUGCUCGAUUCCAGCGGCCCAGAAAGCCUCUCAACCUCCUCCACAACCCCACCCUCGCCCCAACUGCCUCAUCCACCACAUCCGGUGGCAUGUCUAGCCGAUCUGCCUCAACCAGCCGCCGUCACCCUCGUCCUUGUCUAUGA